GGGCAGCGACUGCACUGGGGGGGAGGGCGCUGCUGCCACAGGCACGUCCUUGGCCUUGGUGGCGUCUGCUGGCCGCAGCGUCCCCCCAGCAGCGGGCGUGGGAGACUUGUGGAGCUGGUGGCUCGAGCCCGGCGGGGCGGGUUUCCCUUGUGCACGGCCGCCCGGCCCCGCCGCCGUCGGGGCAGCUUCCCUGCGCGCGGCCUGGGGAGGGAAAUCUCCCCUCCGUUGGCAGAGGCCUGUGGCUGCCUUUGCCGCACUCAUUUGUACCAGUCUCGUGCAGCUUAAGGCCUCCUGUUCCUGUUCUUGCCCCCCCCCUGCGCAGUGUGAUUGACGGUCUCUCCUGGGAGCCAGCCGUCUGAAUUGCUGUGUCCAAACCGUGCUAUUUUGUUUGUUUAACUGAUGACUUGAUCUGGAGCGGGCUGUUGAAUGCCUGGCAUAGCCCUGCCUAGGCUGGUGUUUGAUAAGGGAGCUGAGGCCCAGUGCCUGGGUCUCCUCUAGGCCCGGGUCUCAUCUAUGCCCCUGAGUAUAUAAGGGGUGCACCAGGCUGUGGGAGAACAGUUGUUCGCCAGGGCUCCCCAAGGUCUAACGGCCACAAACUUAUGGUGGUGCAAGCACCGACUCUGGACUCAUUCAAAAAAUGUUUGGAUGCUUAUCUUGCUGGGAUCAUUUGACCCCAGCAGACUUUCUGCCUAUGGCAGGGGGGCUGGACUGGAUGAUCUCACAAGGUCCCUUCCAGCCCCUAAUGUCUAUGAAAUCUAUGUCAAGGACAGGAUCCUGGGCUGCAGCAAAAAGGCACUUAACCCAUGGGAGAGGUGGCACCUUGCUGAUCCCAGAGAGAUCCUGGAGUCAUCGAGGCGAUUCUAGUGUACAUUAGAGAAGCCUGAAGGCCAACGUAAAGCGUGCUGGCUGCUACUGUCCCUAACGGUUAUUGGUCCUUUCAGAUUGCUGGGCUUUAGGAAUAACAGGCCGUGAUCCAUUUGUGCUUGUGCCAGUGUGGGGAAGGCAGUGUUGGAUAUUUUCUUAUGCCUUAAUGCCGCAUGAGGACCCUCUGUUAGCUAGAAUGUGGCUUCACUCGGACACACAAGAGAAUUGGGUGCAACUGAUUAACUGGUGUCAGGGUCUUCUUGCCGGGUUGCAAGCUACUUCUUUCUCAAUCAGAACUUCAGCCACAAUUUCCUCAACUGAAAAAGUUCCGCAUUCUUUGUGGAAACUUGGCCGUCUCAAUCAUGUAGCAAUUGCAGUCCCUGAUUUAGAAAAGGCCCGAUCUUUGUACAAAGAUGUGCUAGGAGCCCAGGUGAGUGAGACAGUUCCUCUUCCUGAACAUGGUGUCUACACUGUUUUUGUGGAACUGGGAAAUACGAAGCUGGAACUGCUGCACCCUCUUGGAGAGAGAAGUCCAAUUGCAGGCUUUCUGCAGAAAAACAAAGCUGGAGGAAUGCAUCAUGUCUGCAUUGAGGUGGAUGAUAUAACAGCAGCAGUGGCAGAACUGAAGAAAAGAAAGAUCCGAAUAUUGAGUGAAGAGCCCAAAAUAGGUGCACAUGGCAAACCAGUGAUUUUUCUUCACCCUAAAGAUUGCCAUGGAGUACUUGUGGAACUCGAACAAGCAUGAGCUGUGUUACUAAUAGCUGAAACUAUGAAUUAAUUGCAAGCCUCAUUAGAUGGUGUCAGGAAUUGUAAUAUGCCUUUCAAUGAUAAGUCACUGUACUGAAUCUUUUUUUCUUGUUGAUUAGGCAUCUCAGCUCUUGACUAUUGAAACAUAGCAUUGGGUAUAGGAGGAACCUAAAGCACUGGUAACCUUCAUCAUUUGGGGCUAUAAUUUGUUGUCUUUCUGGUACAGAUCUUAAGAAAUAAUAUUAACAUUUUGCUCAAAUUCCCCUAGACCUGGGCUGACCAUAUGGACAUCCAGGACAUAAUACCGGACACUGCCUCCCUCUCCUUCCCCCCCCACCCCCCAAAUGGACAUCCGGGACAUAAUACCGGACACUGCCUCCCUCUUUCCCCCGCCCCCCCAUCCUCGGCGCGCUCACAAAUUGGUAGAGGCAGGGCUGUGUGCUGGGCAGGCAGCAGUGCCUGCCUGACAACCUGCAAGGCCCUCUACACCACUCUGACUCCUGGUCAGACUGUGCCUUGUACGCCUGCAUUUCCAGGAUGCCCAUUGUAAUUUCCAACAGCCAGCAGGGACCAGCCUCAGAAAUCUAGGACUGUCCCAGCUAAAAUGGGACAUGUGGUCACCCUACUUAGACUAUGAAUCUAUAUAGCAACUCAUGAGCUGGGUUGCAUAUAUUAAAUAUAAUGAAUUAUUUUCUGUUGCAUCACAGUUUGUAGCAUAAUCUUAUCUCUGUUGCCACAGAAACUGGGGGUUUAUAGGUCGCCCCACGUAAGUUUUCUCUCUCUUUCAGUGAGGACCCACUUCUCAAUUACAAUAUAUUUCUUAAGGGAAUAUCUGAGCUAGGUCAACAAGAGAACACCCCAUUUUUUUGCUUUUGCUGCCACAAGAGCUAUCUGAGCUUCACAUCGAUUGGUUUAUUCAAUAAAAACCUUGCAUUAUUGCUUGGGUUUCUGAGAUUGCUAAGCAACUUUUAUCUAGCAUAACAAUUAGUGCCAAGAAAACAUUCUGUGUAUGUCACAAUGUUGUGGCUUUACAUACACUAUGUAUGUGAAAAAUCAAGAUUCCUUGAUCUGUUUGAAAUGCAUGCUGGAUUACAGAAAUUAAAACUUCAGUUUUGUCAGCUGGUGUACACAGUUAACCUGUGCUGUUUUCUUUUCUUUUUUUCUUAAGUGACCUCCUAUGCCUACGCUAAAAAUUGACUAAUCAGAAAAUAUGGGGCAUAUAUGCAAAAGACUAGUGAGUAAUAUUUUCACAUACUAUAUAUUACAGGGGGUUUUUUUGUUUUUCUUCUUGAAGGCAUUUAUGAAAACAGUGCUUAUGAUUUACAAAAAGGCAGCAUAUUAACAGGUCAGUUAAUGAAAAACUUGUAUGAAUUUUUAGAUUAUAAAAAAAAUAUAAAACAAAUACCUUGGGCCCUAAUCCUGGAAACAGUUAUGCAUGUCAACUUUCCAUGUUACUCAUUUCCCUGAAAUCAGCAGGACUGAUAUGAAUAUAUUUUUGUUGGAUUGGAGUUAGUAGAUUAAAUUGUUUCUUUCAAUCUCCCAAAGACCCCAUUUGAUUUUGAUGAAGAUAUCCACUGCCUGUGUAAACAAAGUGAGCAACAGUUAGCCAACCUCUAUUUAAAUUUCUUUGGUAUCACUACCAUAAUCUAUAAAAGUUGCAGAUGUGGUGUUCAUCCUUUUACGUGUAACCAAAUAAAAACUUUAUAUAAAUCCUUUAAAAAACAGAUUACUUGUUUGUGUUUGUUGCUUGUUUAUUUUAAACAGAAUAAAACAUUUCUGAAUUUCA